AUGGAUGAGAAUUUGAAAGCUGUUCGUAGGAGUAAUUGGAUUGUUGUAAUGGCGGCUCUUGGAUUUACCGGCUAUACUGCUUACAGAGUCUAUCAUUUCCCUUCAAUUGCUCGAAAGAGGGCUAAGAUUUCCAGAUUCUUUGCGGCUUUGUCUUCUGCCGCGGCUGCAUUUUCUGAUUCUGCCCACUGUGUCGCCACUAUUUCUAAGGAUUUUAAGGAGUUUAUUCAUUCUGAUUCUGAUGAACUCCCCCAUAGUUUGAAGCAAAUCUCUAAACUCGCCCGAUCUGAUGAGAUCUCCACUUCCCUCACGCGUCUCUCUCAGGCGCUAACUUUGGGGGUUUUGCGAGGUUACGAUCAGUACUCCCGGCAGAAAGGCGGCGGUGACGAGAAAACGAGUGAUUUUACAGAUAAAAUUAUGACGAAGCUGUGUAGUGAAUNUGGAGGUCAAACUCCAUCAUCCAUCUAA